AUGGUUGCUUCUAGUUCCAUGUUGUCUAAUCCAAAAAAAGUUAAGCUCUAUAAGCCUCGCGAAAACCAAUCAGCAUUCGAUACAUAUAUGCAUAUAGAGAAAUUCCCUGAGGGUAUUAGGAAAUAUAUCACUCACCAGACUGAAGUUCUUCCGGAUGGUAACUGUGGAUAUAGAGCCAUAGCUAUGGCAAUGGGAUUUGGUCAUAAUGAAUGGCGUAGGGUACGCAAGGAUUUGUUGCAACAACUACAUGAUAUGUCUUUUGUUUUUAAGAAGUGUCUUCGGGAACAUAAACGAUACAACGAGAUUGAGCGAGCGCUCAAUUAUUUUGAUGAUGGAUUUGCACCAUUCUUUUGUUGGAUGACCAUGCCUGAUAUGGGACAUAUUAUUGCCACACGUUAUAAUGUGGUUUUAAUCCUUCUAAGCAUGCGUCAAUGCCUUACAUUUCUUCCUUUCUCAGUUCAAUCAAGCGAAACCAAGCUAAAUGAGAUUGCCAUUGGUUUUGUUGACGAUGAUCACUAUGUCCAGGUUCAUUUGUCUCCAGAUCAUCCUAUUACUGAAGAAGAGAAUGCCUUGUUGGUAGACAUGUCUAAGAGUUUGGUGAAACCCAGAGAUAUUUUGGUCAACCAAGCACGUGUGGAUGCUUUUCAACAACUUCCGGGAGUGGAGAAUGUAGCUACUACAGAUACCAUCAUCCUAAUGACUGAUGAAAAUGCACCUGUUACAGAAUUGAGAUUAUGUCAUCCUAAUGAUUGA